GGUCGAUUGGAUCCCCUGGAGUGAACAUAUUGACAUACCACCAGACUCCGGCAUUACGAGUCCUCUCGAUCUCUAUCCAAAAUGGACAACCCCAUCCACGAAAUCACACCAAUCGUCCACGCUCUCACGCAAGGAACUCCUCAACAACAAAAGGACACGAUCAAUCAAUACUUCACUCCCGACGCCUCUUUCGUCCACCCCUUCUGCCGGACCGGCACUUUCGACGGAAGUCGAGUCUUAAUCCACGCCAUCUUCCAAUGGUACAAAGUCCUCAGUCCAAGAAUCGAGAUCGAAGUCGAGUCAAUCGCAUUCGACGAAAAAAACCUCCUCCUCUACCUGACAAUCCACCAAGUCUUCGCCAUCUGGUUCGUCCCCUUCUACCGCGUCUCCGCCCGCCUCACCACGAUCCUCACCCUCGUGCGUCGGAAACCUCACCGCAACCCAUCUGCCGUCGGUGGGCAUGACCACACGCCGAAUAAAUAUUAUAUUUCCCAACAGGAGGAUCUGUAUCAAGUUAGUGAGUUUAUGAAGUUUGUGUUGCCGUGGGGGGUGGGAUGGGCGAUUGCGGUGGUGUUUGGGGUUGUGGCUACGGCGGUUUGUGUGGUGGGGGCGUUUUUGGGACGGCCGGUUACGAGGUGGAGGCAGAGGCAGAGGAGGGAGAAUGGGAGUGGGAGUGGGAGGGUGGUUAAUGGGGCGGGGAGGGGGUGGGGUGGGUUGGUUGAGGGGGUGAAGAAGGUCGAUUGA